AGCGGAGGGCGUUGCGGCGUGUGUGGAGCGGGAACUUGCGUAGCGUACGAGUGCCGGCCUUCCGCCGCUUGCUCUUUCUCCUGGUGAGGCUCGGCGCGGUUCCCGACGACGAGUGCCGGCCGGACGGCCGGGCUCGGCGCCAUGCUACGACGCACGAAGCCCGAGGUGGAGAGAUACGUCGCCUCCGUGCAGGCCGCCGCCUCCUCUCCUAGAGAGAGAUCGUUGAAAGGAUUCCUUUUUGCUAAGCUGUAUUUUGAGAUAAAAGAAUAUGAACUUGCUAAAAGAUACAUUUCUACUUAUCUCAGUGUCCAAGAGAGAGAUCCCAAAGCUCACAGGUUUCUGGGACAGAUUUAUGAAGCUCAGGAUAACAUAGAAAAAGCUUUUGGGUGUUACAAGCGUUCUGUGGUGCUGAAUCCAAGGCAGAAAGAUCUUGUGCUGAAGAUUGCAGAGUUGCUGUGUAGGAACAACAUCACUGAUGGAAGAGCCAAGUACUGGGUUGAGAAAGCUGCCAGGCUCUUCCCUGGGAGUCCUGCUGCUUACAGACUGAAGGAGCAGUUACUGGAACAUAAAGGUGAAGAUGGAUGGAAUCAGCUCUUUGAUAUGAUUCAGACAGAACUCUAUGCGAGACCAGAUGAUACCUACCUGAACAUCAGACUGGUUGCUCUCUACCGUUCAAAUAAUAGGUUAAGAGAUGCUGUGCUUCAUUGUCAGGAGGCAGAGAAGAAAAUACCAGUAGACUCAAGCUUGGAAUGGUGUUCAUGUGUCAUAAAGACAUUUGAGGAAUACCUUGAAUCAGUUCGAGACUUGGAAUCUGAUAAGAAUAAUUGGAGAGCUAUCAAGAAAGAUCAUCUGCUGGCCUAUGCUAGCUUUGUUAAAAUGACACUUGCUUCCAGAGAUGUUCGAGAAAGCAGAGAGGCACUUGAAAGUUUUGACCGUGUGCUUCACUCUGUGAAACCAUAUGUGAAUGGACCUGAUGAGCUGUCUCGUACCUUCCUUGAGAUGAAAGGACACUUCUACAUGCAUGCAGGAACUUUCCUACUGAAAAUGGCCCAGAACAGUGAGGCGCAGUGGAGAGAUGCAUGUGAACUUGCAGCAUUGUGUUAUCUGAAAAGUUUCUAUGUACCUAAACCAAAGUCCAAACUAAUAAAAGGAGGUCCUGCAGGGCAAGACAUGCUGGAAAUGUUGGCCUGUGACCGAAAGAGCCAGUCUGGUCACAUGUUGCUGAACUUAAGCCACGGCAAGGAAGACUUUUUGAAAGAGAUUGUGGAAUCUUUUGCAAACAAAAGUGGUUUAUUUACGUUGUUUGAAAGCCUGUUUGGGAGUGGAGCUUCUAGAGAGAGAUCUUUCCUUGGCACAGAUGAUGUGGGAAAUGUCAGUACACAAGCACCAGUUCAAGGAGAACUGAGUAAAUAUGAUAUUGGUAAGAGAUGUUACUGAAACUCAAUAUAAACACGACUGUGUUAGAGGUUCUUGUACAAAUGCAUCAUUUGCAACAAAAGACAAGUGUCUGUAAUAGCUGCUCA